GCAAAAAAAAAAACAGAAAGAAACGAUAAAGAAUAUUAUUCGUCAAAUAAAACUAAUAUUAAUGAUAUUUUCUGUGUGACAUUAUAACGAAUUAAAUGAGAACAUGCUACAACCACGAACGUGCAUUGUAAAAUAGAAGAAGUAAGACUGUGGCGAUUUCUUGGCGUGCCAUAAGUUAGUGAAAAUAUAAGAAAUUCUACUCGUAUGGCUCCAUUUUCGACGCUUUGAUGAUCGAGAGAAAGUUAAUAACGAAUAUUAAGAUUCAGUGCAACAUGUGGCAUUUUUCAAAUAUCCUAGUAAUAAACUUUAUUAGAAGAAAGGAAUGGCUAGCUUGAUGGUGACUUCGUCAAGUAAGAACAGCUCACGUAGCACUUCUCCUACUAGAGGGAAUACAUCUAUAUCUCAAGCACAUCACCAACAAUCAGCUAGUUUGGAACAUACACCAAAAGCGCGUAAUGCUCCAAUCUACCAGACAGGAGAGGGUAGCACAGGCAGUGGUAGUAGCUGUGGUGGUUGUGGGAGUAGCUUCAGCAUGAAAGGUAGCAGCAGACAAAGAUCACCAGGUACUAUAAUCCGUAUGGAUGUUAUGGAUGAAUCAAAUGGCAAUCCAAUCACUGCCGAAUCAGAUGAGUUUGUGCCAAAUGUUCAACCUCCAACCGAUGAUGAAGGAGAACAAUAUCAUACCACGCAAUCGUUCCUAUCUAAUGGCUCUUCUGAAUUAAUAAGCGAUGAUGUGGACUCAAGCGCUGCACGAGUUCGACAAGCGAUCGAACAUAUUCAAAGUAAAAUAGCUAGAACACGUGAACUCAUACGUAUUGAGCAAACAACUCGUGAUGAAAAUGUUAAUGAAUAUUUGAAAUUGGCUGCAAAUGCGGAUAAACAACAAUUAACUAGAAUUAAGACAGUAUUUGAAAAGAAAAAUCAGAAAUCGGCGAAUAGUAUUUCUCAGUUACAAAAAAAGUUGGACAGUUAUCAAAAAAAAUUAAAAAAUUAUGAAAUGAAUGGUGCCCCCGCAGGUCAUAGACAACCAAGAGAAGUACUUCGUGACAUGGGACAAGGAUUAAAGAGUGUUAUGUCAAAACCAAGGGAGUUUGCACAUCUUAUUAAAAAUAAAUUUGGGAGUGCUGACAAUAUAAACACUUUAUCACAUGGCUCAACUUUUUAUGUAAACGAUACACCACAUGCAGGUAAUGGUGAUAAUGGUAGUGUUGAAGAAGAAAAGACUCAUCAUGGAUCAGCUACUUUACCUGGUGGCUGUAGUCUUGGAUCUACACAUAGUGCUGCAGCAAUGAAAUUUCCAUCAGAAGAAGGCUCAGAAUGCUCUAGUGUAACGAGCGAAAGUGGACCAGGUAGUAGAGGCCAAACACAUACUUGUCACAGUAAUAAUGCCGCAUUAAGUUUCAAAUCCAUCUUCUCGGAACUUCAAGAAAACAGAGACAGCCUUGAACGGAUGAGAGAAAAAUUAGAAGGCUUAAAGGCUUUGCAACAAGAAGUAACAUAUUUAUCACAUGGUUUACAAGAAGAACGUUUUCGAUGCGACCGUCUUGAAGAACAAAUCAAUGAUCUAACUGAACUCCAUCAGAAUGAAGUAGAAAAUUUAAAACAAACAAUUACAGAUAUGGAAGAAAAAGUACAAUAUCAAAGUGAAGAUCGUUUAAGAGACAUACAUGAAAUGUUAGAAAGUUGUCAAACAAAAAUAUGUAAAAUGGAACAUCAACAGCAGCAACAUCAACAGUAUGUUACAUUAGAAGGCCUUGACAAUAGUAAUGCAAGGGCUCUGGUCGUGAAGUUGAUAAAUGUAGUGUUAACAGUACUGCAAGUUAUUUUACUCCUUGUUGCAACAGGUGCUGGUAUUAUGAUGCCAUUCCUUAGAACCAGCUGUACUAAGCCUCAUUGUUUCAUGUGCAGGGUGCGCAUACUAACGACCACAUUCGUUGUAUUGGGUAUAGUGUUCGUGCUCAAACAAUGGCCUGAGGUGCAUGAUGUUGGAAGUCACCUCAUACGCCAUCUUAAACAAACACUCGCCGUGAAGUAGCAUUGGUGGUAUACUUAAAUUUAAUGAAUCCAGUGAUGGUGGUGCGAAAUUGAUUAUAAUAAUCAACGUUUGGAGCCAUUUACCAAUGCUGCAUUGUUGGAGCAAUAACAUCAUAUGUGCGCAAAUAUAAUUGUUUUUGUUUUUGAUGCAUAUUUGAUUUUAGAUGCAUUAUUAUUAUUGAUUUAAUUAAUAUAAAAUGCAUCUAUUUGCAGUCAUUGUCCAAUUGAUUGAUAAAAUAAUUGAUUUGCAAAUACCUGUGUAAUAGCAGGAAUUCUUUUCAGAAAGACUAUUAGAGUAAAAAGAGCAUAUCUUAAGCAUUCUUUAAAUUUAUAUUAAAAUUCGUUUCUUACAUUAUUUGUAUAUUUAAAUCUUAUCUAGAAUCAUUGGAAUGAAGUUUCAUCUUGUAUGAUGAUCCAAUUAUUAUUCUUUAUAAAAUAAAGUCCCAUUUUUCUUUGAUGGAGUACAGGAAGAGCGAUUGAAGAAAUGUAUAUCCUAAUGUAUUUGAACUGUAUUAUGAAACGAUAUUACAGUCAUGGACAUUUAACAUAAGAUGUCAAGACAUGUAUAUGAUCACUUUUCCAUGUAAUGCUACUUAACACUGACCUUUAACACUAAAUGAGGACUUAAGAAUUGAAUAAUAUAAUAAAAGAAACUGCUGUCUUCAGUGUCUGUGGUUGGUCUAAUCAUGUCAUGCUAUUUUGGGAUGGGCUUAUUCUACAUAAAAAAAUUAUUAUAUAUCAUAUAUCAAAAUUUAAUAUUGAGUCCAAAAGUAGUCAAUAGUCAUGAGUCACAGAAGUUCAUUAUUUAACAAUGGUUAUUAAGAUGAUACAAAUUAAUAUUAUAAUAGUUGAUAGUCCAUCAAUGCAAUAAUAAAAAAUUUCACUUACAAAAGUUAUUAAAAUAUUCGCUAUAUAUGAUAAUUCUUCUAAAAAAUAUUUCAAUAUAAAUCUGAUAAUAUUGAAUGUCAGAAGAGGUCCAAAUAUUUUUAUCUUAUUAUAUCAUACCAGUUAAUUAUUUUAUGUAUAAUCUAGAUUGUAGAAUAGUUAAUGACAGAUAUAUUAUGUAUAAGCAUUGUAUUUCUUUGUUAAAGAAAUAUUUACCACCACAGACACACAAAAAAAAAAACAAAUGUGAAUGUAUAUUUUAUGAGUAUAAAGAAAUGAUCCAUGACAGAUAAUCGAAAUGAGAGAAAGACUGAUGGACUAACUGGUUUACGUCACUAUUACCAUUGUGAAUAACGUAAUUAAUUCACUGCAAUUUCAUGGAAGUGUAAUUUGGGGUACAUCGGUAAACAUUACACUAUUAGAAUGAUAUAGUGAAAUGAUAAAAAUUGAUGGCAGUGUACAAGUGAUAGCUGAGUUUCAGAAUCUUUAAUACGCUAGAAAGAUUGCUGUCAAGGUACAGAAUUGCAAAAUAUGACAGAAUAUUUUGCUUGAAAGUUGCAUCAAUAUAUCACCAUUACUUAAUAGUGAGAUAAAUAUGACCUGACACUAUUUUGCUAUGCACUUUCUUCCUUUUCUCACAUAACGACAUAACAAAACUUUACAUUAUAUAGUUUGUAAAUAAAUAUUAUAAUAUUCUAUAGAGUUCCAUUCUGUAGAAGUAAAAUGGUUAAUAAGCUGUCUACAAAAGCAUUUGCUUUACAUUGUUGCUCUUAUACACUUUUUGCACAACAGAAGCUUAUAUUUUUUGUCCAUAAUUUAAAGUAAAUUUAUCCGGAUUCCUAUCACAAAUUUAUACAAAUCAAAUAAUGCUGUUACUGCUUUUAACAACGCAUAAUAUAUGUUGAAAAAACAAAUACUAAAUAAAUUCACAAUUUCGUAAUUCCUAACAGAGAUAUGUAUAAAUAAAGAAAUUAUUGACAAUA